AUGGCAAGCACAUCGAAUGUCAAGAAAUCAUCCACUCAACGUAGUUCGCAGAGCUCGAAUUACAAUGACCAUCAAUCACAACCACGUCAAAUUUUACCAAUGUCGCGACAAUCGACUCAGAACAGAGCAUAUUCACAGGCUCUCCAGCCUCAAGUAAUUGUUCCGACACAAUAUGAUGAUAUUACGUCAAAUAGCGUGCCUUCGUCAAAAGAUUUGACGUCGUCAAUGCAUUUCUUUCAUGAUUAUGGAAAUUAUCAAACAAGUUAUUUCGGCCCAGUUCAGCCUUAUUCAACUUGCUUCAAUAGUUUACAUCAUCAGAUUCAUCCGCGAACCUCACAAAUGGAUCAAAUGUUAGCCUCUAUUUUUUGCAACGAAUGUCUUAAUAAUGUUCGAAAUGCUUCGAUUACCUCUGAUGCGAAUAUUUUACAAACUAUUU